AUGUACCAAGGCCCACCGCAACCACCUCCUCAAGCUGUGCCGAUGCCGUACAUUGUGAAUAAUAGCACUCCCUACCCAAAUGGAAAUAUUAACUUUCCUCCCACCGCGCAGCAGAAUAUACCGCCCACAGUUUAUCCACAACAAGUGCCGUUUCCAGGUCAACCACAGGGGGGUCAAUUUCCACAGCCUUCAACUGACCAGCAGGCGUUUAACCAGGUGCCACAAGUGACCCAGUCUUUCCAUAGCUCCGCACAAAAUGCGAAUGCAACCGGAGGUGCUAACGGCGGGUCUAUGCCAAUGUAUACACCGGUAGCAUCCUUUCCUCAUCCCAUGACAACGGCAGCAACGGCAACUGCUCCGAUGCCACAGUCUGCAUCCCAUUCAUCUUUAUCAAUGCUACGGGUGCCAUACCAUGUAAGAAAAUACUUAUCUAAUUUGGCGAUGUUGAAAUUGUACGAAAUAAUAAAUGAAGUUAAUACGGCGAUGGGUAAAAUUGGCCUGCUGUCUUUUUGGACAGAACUUAUAUCAGAUAUUUUUACCCCUGAUGCAGUUAUCAGGUAUAGUAAAAAGUCUAUGACAGAUUAUAGAGAAUUUGAAUUUAUCAUCCCGGUGUUCCCAGUUAUUUGCUCUACAUUAGGCAGAUUUGGCAUUGUAAGAAUGGAAGUUAAAGUCUUACAAUUAAAAACACAAGUGCUAAGUAAUUCUACGAUUUUCUUCAACUGCCCUCGCGUUACAUUUGCCUAUUAUUAUCCUGAUGGUUCAUAUAUUACGCAUUUUGCCCAAAUGAAAGGUGCCUUCGAUUUGGACUUGAAAAUUAAUUGGUUGGACGUAUCAAUGCAUAGUUUUGUCCCUGAUAUUGAAUGGAAUGCAGUGGAACGACUUUUGGGUGAUGAGACAAAGUCAGCAGAAAUUGAGCAGAUAUUCUCUAAAUUGAAACAAGAAGACGUUAAAGACCAAGCAAAUUCCUUUGCAGAAAAUAAUGGAACGAAUGUACCUCCAAAUUUCGAAGCCAUAACACAACUAAGAUCAUAUUUUGACGUAUUUAGAAACGUCUCCGUAUUCGGCACCCAAGAAGGGUUAAUGAGAGUCAUGCAAAUAAGUACCGUCAUGUCUACUUUGAAAAACCUUCGAAAGUUCCAAAUUGAAAAAAACAUUGAUAGUCCUGUGACUGCUCUAAGUGCAUACAUUGACGCCGACAAGAAGGACAUCGGGAGUGAGCCCUUGCACGCAAAGAGGCGACGCAACAGCGGUAUCUCUCCUCGCACCACUACAUUGGGACAAAACGGUAACUCCAAUUCAAACAAUGAAGAGCUUCCAACCAGUGAUGUGAAUGAUAUAAACAAAGACAUGACAAAAAAGAAGAUGAAGUUUUAA